AUGAAGCUACUGACAGAUAAGACUGGAGAAUUAAUUUUAAUCCAGAAACCUUAUGUUUACAGGAAUCGAGUAGUGGGGCUAGGCAGUACCGGCUACAAUUGCAUAGUCGGGAAGGAGGAUGGAGCCGAGCCACCUCGGACCUGCAUAAUGGCGUCCAAGGAACUCCGAAUGGUAUCACUACCACAACUGGGGACCAGGGAUGCCACUACAGCCAUCCUCGAAUAUAAGGUAAGUGAAAUUAGGCGUAAAGUCAUAGUUAAUAGCAUAUACCUCCCUUAUGAUACUGGUCUGCCUGUAAUCAUUGGGUGUGAUGCAAAUGCUCAUCACACGGUAUGGGGCAGCGGGGAUGUUAAUUCCCGUGGGGAGACGUUGCUGGAAUAUAUAGCAACCACAGACCUGCAGGUCAUGAAUAGGGGAAAGGAGCCGACUUUUGUGAACCGCAUCCGGAAAGAUGUGAUUGACAUUACGUUGGCUUCUCAAAGUAUUAUAGAAGGGAUUUCUGGAUGGAGGGUCACGGGCUGCAUCUCGAUGUCCGAUCACAGGAUGAUCGCUUUCGAGAUGAAGUCGGAUUCGGAAACGAUAACUCUCCGACGAAAUCCAAGGGCAACAAACUGGGAGGUAUAUCGUUGGAGCUCCCUAGAAGCGAGCAACCAGGGUGAACGAAUAACCUCCACAAGGCAGUUAGAAACCCUAAGCAGUUGUGUCGUCUCGGCAUAUGAGGAGGCUUGCCCUCUUAGGGCGGCAGGUGGGCGCAAGGUCCGCUGGUGGAAUAAGACCCUAGAGGUUCUCCGCCGGACGGGCAGGGGUGUCUUUAACCGAGCUGUCAGGGAAGGGGAAGGGACCUCUUGGGACGAUCAAAAACUGCAAGGAGAGAGUUUAAGAAGAAACUUAGGCUGGAAGGCAUACUGCAGCGAGCUGGAGUCCCUGCCGGAGACAGACAGAUUAAUGAAGAUCUUAAGCUGCGACAACAGGGAGAAAUUAGAAUCAUUAAAGAGGGAAGAUGGGACUUGGACCACUUCCAGCGAGGAGUAUUUAGAACUUCUGCUGGAAACUCACUUUGUAGGUGGAGGCCAUGUCGUCGAGGGCACUAGGGCGGAGCCGAUGCCACAAGCAGAUUGGCUCCUGGCCGGGGAGGUCAUUGGCGACGAGGCAGUAACCUGGCCAGUGAAUGAGUUCGAACCCUACAAGGCAGCGGGGCUGGACGGAGUUUCCCCGUCGUUGUUGCAGAGGGGCCUGGAUAUUCUCGUGCCAUGUAUGGUGAGGGUCUUCCGGGUCAGUCUGGCGAUGGGCAACGUCUCACAGGCUUGGAGGUCAGCCAAGGUGGUCUUCAUCCCCAAGGCUGGGAAAGAAGACUACACUGCGGUAUCUGGUGGAUGGGGCGUUGANGUCCCACAGGCUUGGAGGUCAGCCAAGGUGGUCUUCAUCCCCAAGGCUGGGAAAGAAGACUACACUGCGGCGAAGUCUUUUAGGCCUAUUAGUCUCACAUCCUUUCUGUUUAAAACGAUGGAAAGGAUUGUGGACAGGUAUCUGGUGGAUGGGGCGUUGAGGAGAUACCCAAUCCACACGAACCAGCACACAUAUAGGCGGGGCAGGUCCACAGAGACGGCCUUACAUAGUGUCACGCAUAAAGUAGAGAAGGCCCUUCAGUACAAAGAGGUCGUACUGGCAAUAUUCUUUGAUAUAGAAGGUGCCUUCGACAAGGCAAAAACUGAGACCAUAUGCAACUCGCUCCAAAACCGGGGCACAUCGCCUAUCGUAGUCGAAUGGGUGAGUUCGGCAUUGAAGGAAAGGAAGGUUAGUGCAGCCAUGGGGGACUGUCGUAGGGACCUGGGAGUGGGGGAGAUGCCCUCAAGGCAGCUGCCUCUCCCCACCUCUAUGGUGCCGAGUGAUGGACGGUCUCCUGGAACGCCUAACCUCGGAGGGAUACAGUGA